AAACGGCGUCGCAAAGUUCUUUCAUGCUAUAAUUGUCGCCGGCGAAAGCUGCAAUGUGAUCGCGUGCAGCCUGUCUGCGGCCGUUGUGCCAAAGCAGGCGCCUCACACGAAUGCCUUUACAUUGAGGACUCCGCAGAUCAUCUGUUCCGCGAAGACGAUGCUCCAACAUCCGUCUCUCGCGCGAGCGUGCCUUCAUAUGAACGCACGAAUCGGACAAGCUCCAAUGUCCGCCUCAGCAGCGAUACGCUCGCUCGAAUGAACUAUCAAGAAGGUCGCAUCAAGCAUCUUGAGGCCACCCUGGCUAUGACCAGUUCAGGAGCAAACAUGACGCAGCGAGCCAAAGUCCCUGCGCAGACGUUCACGCCAGACUCUACGACAGGGAUGGCUGACCGUCCUGCACAGGUUUCCGAACGCGAGGCCCCUCUACUGCACGGCCGCAGCUUCAAAACGCAAUACCGAGGCAGCUCUCAUGUUGGUGCACUGAUUGGCCGCCUUUCCGAGCUGACCAGCUUCUCACGUGAAGCCUUCGAACGCUUUCCUGCACUGAUGAAGGCACGAGAAGACCUCAGUGCAUUGAAGUAUCGGACGGAGCACGCCGACUUCAAACACACGGGUGCGAACGAUACAGACUUGUUGGAAUUGUUGCCCUCGCAGCGCGAUUGCGAUGCGCUUGUGCGGACCUAUUUUGAGAACUUUGGCUGUCUGUAUCAAGUGCUCCAUCCACCAGCAUUCUGGAAGGAAUUUGACGGGUUGUGGUCGGAGGAUGCCAUCACCCGACCGCACUUCGUUGCGUUGGUGCUAUGUCUGACAGCAUGUGCUCGAUGCCUGAGGUCAUCCCAGCCUUGGCUGUACAUAGCAAAUAGUUCCGUUGCACGCGAGCAAUCGAUUGCAGUGAUUUGUGCGGUAGAAACGUGGCUACGAAGACAGAGUCAGAAGAACGUCUCAGCAGAAGACUUUCAGAUCCGCUUCCUGUUGCUUUUGGCAAAAGAGGUUGCCGCGUACAAGAGCAAGCGCACAUGGACUGAAGCAGGCGAAUUGGUUCGAUACUGUAUGGCCGCAGGACUCCAUCGAGAUCCCGACAUGAUUUGGAAGCCGACGUCGGUUUUAGAAAAGGAACUCCGGAAACGAAUUUGGGCAGCAGUGACAGAAUUUGAGUUGCAGGCAGCGUUCGACAAAGGCAUGCCAUCCACUGCUUGGAUAUUGCAAAGCGAUUGUCCACCACCCUCUCAUAUAUGGGAUCACGACUGGCCAAAGGACCCCGAGCAGAUACCUACCGUGAGACCACUCAGCCAAUUUGGCAGCGCAGCUUUCCUGGCAAUGGCUGCUGACUCAAUCACUCUUCGGACCACUAUCAAUGCGGCGCUGAGCAAUAUCAGGCAGACGAUUAGCUUUGAAGAUGUCAGAAGAUAUACUGAUGAAAUCGAACAUCUUCUCAAGAGCAUACCCAAAUGGGCCGGGCGUGACGGUGAGACCUCGCGGGCGAUGCUCACCUUGAAUCUUCGGCAAUAUCUUCUCACGAUCCACGAGCGGCAAGUCCAGCAAACGCUGUCCAAGUCGGAACGCGAUUACUCACGCAUGGUCAUCAUUGAGACCGCUACUUUAAUCAUCGACACCCAUCGCUCGCUGACCGCGCAAGGUUGCUUCACUCUGGAGACCUUGCGAGCUGACCAUCAGCGUGCAGCUUUAGCCUUAUGCUCCAUCAAAGCAGCAAUUGAUCCUGUGGUCGACGGCGCUUUAAGCGUUCUCGUAAAUGAGGUAAUCGCUCGCAACGUGCCAGAGGUCCUUACUAUGCUUACAGAGAGAGUGUAUCGUUAUGGGUGCGAUCAACGUCAACUGUGGAUGCUGAGCGCUCUCCAUGGUUAUGCUCAGGCCAAACAUGACCCAGCGAAACGUCUGGAAUAUAUGCAAGACACGGUGGACCGAGUGCUGCGGACCUACUACAAGAUCAUGGCUUGUCAGGAUGAG